AUGAAGUUGAACGCCGUUGCUGUUAGCUUGGCCACGGCCUCCUUGGUGGCUGCUCAGCACCACCACCAGCACCGCCACCAUCAUAAGCGCAACCCUGAGUCCGAGGUUGUCACCGUUGCUGGUCCUACUGUGGUCACUUAUGUUCUCGACGGCAAGACUAUCACUCUCGAGGAAGUCUGCAAGGGUAUCGCCGACAAGACCUUGACCUGGGCCUCUGGUCAGGACGUUCCUGAUGUUUGCAACGGCGCUAGCAGCUCUUCGACUACCGCUGCCUCGACUUCCACUUCCACCACCGCGGCUCCUGCUCUCAGCUCCGUUGCCGAGUUCGUUGAAGUCGCUGUCGCUAAGGCCACUUCCUCCAGCAGCUCUUGGAGCUCCAGCAGCAGCGCUUACUCUUCCACCGUCGCUGCUUCCAGCUCCGCUUCUUCCAGCUCUGCCAGCAGUUCUAGCUCUUCCACUGCCACCGGCUUGGAUGCGGACUUCCCUGAUGGAGAAUUGGACUGCGACACCUUCCCCUCCGACUACGGUGCUGUCGCCCUCGACUACCUCGGACUUGGCGGCUGGUCCGGUAUCCAGUACGUCACGAUCUCCGGCAGCGUCGUGACCGAGAUCACCACUGGUGUCUCCGGUGAUAGCUGCACCAGCGGCGCCAUGUGCUCUUACGCCUGCCCCGCGGGUUAUCAGAAGUCCCAGUGGCCCAGCACCCAGGGAUCUACCGGACAGUCCGUUGGUGGUAUCCAGUGCAAGAACGGCAAGCUCUACCUUACCAACACUUCCUUGUCCAAGAAGCUUUGCAUUGAGGGUACUGGCGGUGUCCACGUCCAGAACACGCUCGGCGAGAGUGUUGCUGUUUGCCGUACUGAUUAUCCUGGUACCGAGUCCGAGACCAUCCCUCUUCACCUUGGCGACAACACGCUCCAGCCCCUGACUUGCCCUGACGGCGAGACCUACUACAAGUGGGAGGGCAAGAUUACCUCUGCUCAGUACUACGUUAACCCCAAGGGUGUUUCCACCGAGGAGGGCUGCCAGUGGGGUAACGGCACUGCGGCCAUCGGCAACUGGGCCCCUAUCAACCUUGGUGUUGGUGUCAAUGACGGCAAGUGGCUGUCCAUCUUCCAGAACAGCCCCACCACUACCGAGAAGCUUGACUACAAUGUCAAGAUCAAGGGUGACAACCUGAGCGGUUCUUGCAAGUAUGAGGAUGGUGUUUUCUAUUCCGAGUCCGGCUCCAACGACUCCGGCUGCACUGUCGAGGUCGUCUCGGGCUCCGCCACCUAUGUCUUCUACUAA